CAAAGUGAAACAAUCAAACAGCUGAACAUAAACACAAGCAGGACAUCACAGACGAGCCACGAGACAAACAUGGCCCAGCAGCAAAUUGUUCAGGACGAGCUCAAGAUUGUGCUGAUUGGGGCGACUAAAGCCGGAAAGAGUGCAACGGGAAACACCAUCCUGGGGAGAAAGGCUUUUAAAUCUCAAAUCACUGAUUCCUCAGUGACAAAGGAGUUCAAGAUAGAAAAAGGAGAGUUGGGUGGACAGAAUCUGGCUGUAAUUGAUACUCCUGGUCUGUUUGGAAGCACCACAUCUGAUUCAUUUGAUGAAGAAAUCCCAGAGCAGGUGUUGGAGGAGCUCAAGCAGUUGCUGCCGGAUCCUCCUGGCCCUGUUGUGUUCCUGGUUGUGCUCCAGCUCGGAAGGUUCACAAAGCCCGAGGAGCAGAUUGUAGAAAUGAUCCAGAGGCGCUUUGGCAGAGAGGCGGUACAUUACACCAUGGCCUUGUUGACGCGAGGAGAUGAUCUGAAGAAGGACGGACGUUCCAUUGAGGAAUUAAUCGGAGAAAAUCCAGCCCUGCGUGACUUCAUCAGGGAGUGUCGUGGAGGCUAUCACGUUUUCGACAAUGGAGAUACAGAUUUGCCUCAGGUUACCGAGCUGCAGCAGAAGAUCAACAGCAUUGUGGAGCGAAAUGGAGGAAGCAACAACAGAAUGUUUCAAGAAGAAGAGGGAGUCCUCCAGAGAGAAAAGCGUGGAAGAAAAGCAAGAAAAGAAACUGGAAGAGCAUUUGUGAAGGUCUGCAUUGAAGGUGCUGUUGAUGGAGCAUGCAAAGGAGCUGCAAUAUGUUUACUUGUAGAACCACUGCGAACACGGAAAGCUAUAUUACUGUCUGGAACAAUUGGAGGUGGGAUGGGUUUAUUUGCAGGUGCAGUACGUUAUACUGUCUGUAGACUGAUUUGGGGAAAUUAUUAAUGCAAACCAAUUAGCUCCACAUUUACAUCAACUGCAAAUGACUUUGCACACACAUGAUCAAGUGUCUGGGUGCCUGCUCUCUGUUUAGAACUUUUGAUUUUGGACAUUUACUUUUCAGAUUAUAUGCUGUUUGUUUUUAUAUUGAUCUGCUGGUGAACAGGUGAAUUCUGGGUAAAAUGUGCAGGGUUUUAAAGCUCAUGAAUAAUGGGCCAUUUGGGCUGUACACUGAAUGAACUAUAGGGAUACAUGUUCUGUCUUUUCCUUGCUUUGACACAAUCACAUGUAGUGUUGUAUGUACUCGAAAUCGAUCUUUUUGAGGGUCUUGAUCUCCUCUCGGAAUGGAAAGCAUUUUUACUGUCUUGUCUCGGUCUCAGGCUGGGCGGACUCCAGAUUUUAAAUCAAGACCACCACUGAAAGGCUACUUUACCACGUCAUGACUGUGAUUAGAGGGAAAACGCCCCUUUCUAAAACAACAAAUAACUUCAAUUUGUAAUUUCUAAUCCAGGUUUGACCUCUCAGUGUUUGAGACAGAUUUGAUCAUGUGUGGUUGUUAUGAUAGAAAAAACAUGUUUGCUGAGACAGUUGCAUCUAAAGGAAGAUCAAAUGUCUGUGUCAGUGUAAAAAUAUGAACAUGAGAAAAACAAUUGUAUGACAUAUUUUAGUAUUUGAGGGCCUAUGUUUUCUUUAUUCUCCAUAAACCACUAAAUGAAGAGGGAAUCCUCUGAAAAGAGCUUCUUUUGAAUGUAAUGUUUUACAUCCAGUAGCAGAGUGCAGUAUGUCUGGAAAGUUUU